UAUAACAUACUUCUUACAUAAAAACCUUUAAAUGUGGUAAAAAUAGUAUUAUAGUGUGAUGUAGGCUUUAACUCCUUACAAACUUUUCUGAAUAGUGUUGACACAAAUGUCUGACAGUGAUUUGAAGUGUAUUGUCUAAGUUUUAUUUAAGAGAUAUUUGUAACUGAAGGGAAUUUUUGUGUCGCGUAAAUUCACCGAGUUUUAUAAUGUCGUUCUUAACGGAAUACUUCGACGAAUUUCGCCAACAUCCCAUCAGGAAAACCAAAAUGUGUCGCCCAGAAAACAGAUGGGCGAAGCUUGAAGGGAAAUGGUUGGAUCCAAAAGUUGGAACUCAAGACAAAGCGUGGACCGACGAAGAGAUCCAAGCCUUCAUCAAAGCCACCAUGAAGAGGUUGCGUGGCCAGUCGUCUUACUAUAAUGACUACUGCUCGCAUCUGUCACCAGAAUUCAAAACACGCCCAUUCAAACCGCGAGAGAAGAAGCGCUGUCCACCCAAACCAGCGGAGAAGGUGGAAGAAGAAGAAGUGCCAGUGGCGCCGCCAGCUCUCGCAAUGAAGGACACGGAGCUGAUGAAGGUGGCCAAGGAGUUGUAUGAGCAGGACAUGGACAAGCCUACCCUGGAGCCCUUGCCUACUCAUUUAAGAAUUCUCGGGUACGUGCGGAAAUGUCUUUACAAGACGGGCUUGAGCGAAUACCAGAACAGCAUAGCCCGGCUGGCGUACGAGUUGGUGCGAGACGACCGCAUCCCGCGGUACCACGCGCACAACGGCGGCCGGCCCGUGUGGGGACUCCCCCCCGAGGGAGUGAGACAGCCUGAGUUGGACGGCGCGCCGUAUGACGGCGAGCGGCUUUACGAUUGAGCAGAAACUAAGAUGCCUAUAGACAAUUUGUUCGUUUGUAUCUUAUGAACUUUUUUAAAUGAUUAUUUGUAAAAUUGAAAAAAAGAACUCAAUAAAUCAUAUUUAUUUAGAGUUUUGCGAUUGCGUCCAUAGAAACCACGAAAAUCUUAGUGUGGGCCAUUUUUCGGCGGUUCGACCACUCUUUGUAUAGGCUUUUAAAGUCAACCCCACACUAAGCCGUUCCGAUGGACGCAAUCGCAAACAAAUCACAACACAGCCAAAACCGCAGACAAAUAUAUGUUAAAACAGAUACAAUUUGCCGGCUCUGGGAAUCGAUCUUAGGACCUGGCGGACGGGCGUGGUGAUCGCAGACCUGAAAUAAAUUGUUUGUAGGUGUCUUACUUUUUAUAUAGCUUAAAAACUGAAAAGUAUGAUUUUGCACCAACUUUAUAUUAUACAUUAAGGCAUCAAAUAUAUGAAAAACUUGAUGUUAAUUCAGUAACAUCGGAUUAACUAUAUUAUUUGCUUAAUUAUGGAAUGGAUAUAUAUGAUGAUAAUACUGAUUUAUUAUACGCAUUGCUACAAUAUUUCUCCUAUAUAAAUACGACGCAGGUAAACAUAUUGAAGCAAUGUAAACCUAAUUCUAGUUAGAUUUAAAAACUUUACACACUUUUGAUAUACAUAUUUAUAAAUAAACAUGCUUUUCUUCAA